AUGGGCAAGGAGAAGUGGACAUGUGGAGGCCGAGGCCCAGGUUGGCCAGUGGCCCUUCUCUGGCUACUGCUGCUACUGCCCUUGGCCGCUCCGGGGCUGGGACGGUUCCUGGCCACGGCCACCCGGGCCGCAGCUCCAGGCCAGACAGUGGCGAGCGGGGCCCCCGCCCCCACCGUGCAGCGGUUGGCUCCGGGAGUCCCAGGCCAGGGGAAUUUCUCCACAGUGUGUGGGAAGCCCAAGGUGAUGGGGAAGAUCUAUGGUGGCCAGGACGUGGUGGCUGGCCAGUGGCCAUGGCAGGCCAGUCUGCUGUACCAUAACACGCACAUCUGUGGAGCUGUUCUCAUCGACUCCUGCUGGCUGGUUUCCACUGCCCACUGCUUUCUCAAUAAAUCCAAUGCCCCAAAGGACUACCAGGUUCUGUUGGGAAGCACCCAGCUGUAUCAGCACACGCAGAAUGCUCAGAAGAUGUCUGUGAACAGGAUUAUCAUGCACCCAGACUUUGAGAAGUUCCACCCCUUCGGGAAUGACAUAGCCAUGUUGCAACUGCACCUGCCUGUGAACUUCACCUCCUACAUCAGCCCCGCCUGCCUCCCAACCCCUGGACUACAGCUGCCUAGCCACUCGUCCUGCUGGAUAACAGGCUGGGGAAUGCUCAGCGAGGACAAGCAACUACUCCCACCCUUCCAUCUCCAGGAGGGCAAGGUGGGUCUUGUUGAGAACAAGUUAUGUAAUAUGUUAUAUGGACAAAGACUUGGCAAAGACAAGACCUACUCUGUGCAUGAGGAGAUGCUGUGUGCCGGGGACUUCUUGACAGGAAAGGCCAUCUGCCAAGGCGAUUCUGGGAGCCCCCUCACCUGUGACCUCCUCAAUGCCUGGGUUCUGGUAGGGCUGGCCAGCUGGGGCUUGGACUGCCGGCAACCCAUCUACCCCAGCGUAUUCACCAAUGUCACCUACUUUGCUGACUGGAUCCGCGAGAUCCAGAGGCUCACACCUCCUCCUGACCCCACAGCUGCUCUUCCUCAGACGGAACUUCCAUACCAGCCUCUGCAGGCUGCAGGCUCUCCGGGGCCUGGCACGGCCCUCUUGCCUCCCCAGACCUGGCUCCUACUGCUGUCUGUGCUCAGGGUCUGA